AUGGCACAAACCACAGAAGUGGUGAACUUGUCUUUCCUCUCGGAGACAGAACGAGACCUCAUCCUGCAAGUCCUACAACGAGACGAAGAUUUACGGAAAACUGAAGACAGACGGAUCAGGAAGCUGAAGAAUGAGCUGCUUGACAUACGGAGAAAAGGAGCAAAAAGGGGGAGCCAACGCUACAGCGACAGGACCUGCGCCCGCUGCCAGCAGAAUGUGGGCCGGAUGCUCCCCAAAACUAACACAUGCCGGAGCUGUAACCACCUAGUGUGCAAAGACUGCAGGAUGGAGACUGUUACUGGGGGCUGGAAGUGCAAAGUCUGCAUCAAGGAAGCGGAGCUGAAAAAAUCAACUGGGGAUUGGUUUUAUGACCAGAAGGUGAAUCGUUUCGCCAACAGACUCGGCAGCGAUUUAGUGAGGAUAUCGCUACGCCGCAAGCCUCCGGGGCCAGCGAACAAGCGAGAGACGACAGCGCAGGCUCUCCUCGAAUACACACAGCAAAUGAAUGAGCAGAAAGUAAAAAUAGAGCAGAAGAGCCCCCAGCAGCGACAGAAGAAUUAUGGGGAGGCAACUGGUUCUCCAGACCUGAGAGACCUGAGAGAUCUGAGAGAUCAGAGGAGUGACACAGAAUCCACUGAGAAAAUGAGUCUCAGCAGCUACAAAACGGACUCCAAGAAGAGUACGCCUACCAUGUCAAGAAAGAAUUCCAUGGAAAAAGAUGGAAAGAAAUGUAUUGGCCCAGCGGUGCCAAAGUGGAUAUGCUGAAUGUUCCUACCCGUUCCAGAGAAUUUCAUCAAUCUGAUUCUGAAGGAGAGUCUCGCAUUGGGAAUCGGAGUGCGGGCUCUGCAGACGAGAGCGAUACUUUAUUUAAGAAGAAUACUCGCAAAAUCUUGAAGCCAUCAGAUUACAGUAAGUCCACCAUAGACCUACGUCCAGAAGAGAAGGUCGAAGAAGAAAGCACCAUGGGGGAUCGAAGCAAGUCUGUUCCUGGGCUGAAUGUAGAAAUGGAAGAGGAAGAUGAAGAUAUUGAUAAUUUGGUAGAAAUCCAUCGUUUGAAUACGCAAAGAGGCAGUUUGCGCAGUGGGACGUCCACGAGCACUCUGGGGAGCAUGAUGAGUAUUUACAGCAAGGCCGGAGACUUCGGGAACGUCAUAGUCACCGGAGAAAUCAUCUUCUCCAUGAAAUACGAUGGAAAGACGCAGAUCCUCAGCAUUGUGGUAAAGGAGUGCCGCAACCUGGCUUACGGAGAUGACGCCAAGAGACGCUCCAACCCAUACGUCAAGUCCUAUCUCCUGCCUGACAAGUCCCGUCAAGGAAAACGCAAAACUACAAUUAAACGUAACACCAUUAACCCUGUGUAUGCUGAAACAUUGCAGUACAUUGUCCCGGAGCCGGUCCUGCUCUCCAGAACCUUACAGCUGUCUGUCUGGCACCAUGACCGCUUUGGAAGGAAUACAUUCCUGGGGGAGGUGAACCUGCCUUUGGACUCCUGGAACUUUGACAGUACGAUGGACGAGUGUCUUCCUCUGCAUGGCAGGGGCAGUGGCGAUGGGGCACCCAACUACAAAGGGGAACUGGUUGUGUCCUUAAAGUACGUCCCACCGUCCAAGUCCACGAUUGGAAGUGAGAGAAAAAAAAGUAAGGCCGAAGAAGGAGGAGAUCUUCAUGUCUGGAUUAAGGAGGCCAAAAACCUGACGGCAGUUAAAACGGGAGGAACAUCUGACAGCUUUGUGAAGGGAUAUUUACUACCAAUCAAAGGUCGGAACACCAAGAGGAAGACACCGGUAGUCAAGAAGAUGCUGAAUCCUCACUACAAUCACACGUUUGUCUAUAAUGGCGUCAAGCCUGAUGAUCUCCAGAACACAUGCCUGGAACUGACAGUCUGGGAUCGAGAACCUCUGUCCAGCAAUGAUUUCCUGGGAGGAGUAAGACUGGGUCCUGGAACUGGCGUAUUCAAUGGACAGCCGGUAGACUGGAUGGACUCCACCGGAGAAGAGCUGAGCCUAUGGAAGAAGAUGGGACAAUAUCCUGGUUCCUGGGCUGAAGGAACCUUGCAGCUCCGUCCAAGCAUGACCAGGUCAAAGUAA